UUGAUGAAGCAUCUGCCGCGGAGCCGCCGGUGAUCCUCCGAUGGCAAGAUCUGCCGCCCGACGAUCCUGAGAGCCACCGAAGAUUAUACGGCUCUUGCUGGGAAAGGGAAACAAGGACCAGAGUUGGCUAAUUACAUCAGAAUGGGUGAGGAACUCAUGCCCUGUAAGAUGUGUCCUAAUCCAGAUUGGCACCGGACUUUUAAUUGCCCAAACCUUACUCCUGAGCUGAAGGAAACACUAAAAGAAGCAAGAACCGAGUUCGGACAUAGUAAGGCUUUUGACCCUGAUGACAUGGGCUGUCAUAUAUGUGAGAGGAGAGAACACUGGUCUUCAGAAUGCCCGUACCUCGUUGUAUAUCCGGGUGGUGCACAUGUUGGUCCUUAUGCUGAGUUUAUUUGUCUGUGUUGUGGUGAGCUGAAUCCCCCCCACCCUGGUAAUCCUGGUGUUGACUGGGAUGCACGCUGCCGUCUCAAACCUGCCUUUUCUUAUCCCAAAUUCAAACCCAAAUCAGGCUAGUGCAGCAGAGAGCUUCGCUGGAGGCACUCGAUCAAGGCAAGUCUCUUGAACAAGCCAAGCUGCCACUUCCACCUCUACAUGUUAAGAGUACUUGGUGCCUUGACCAGCUUAUGACUACUUAGAAGUGUACUUUGUUGCGACUGUUGUGACUGUAUGUCUUUAAAGUUUAAACAGUAGCAUUGUGCUUGGGGAACCGUUGUAGGUU